AUGCCCUCGGCCCCGGGCCCCUUUGUCCGCCGCAGGUUCCGCGCGGAGCUCCUCGCGCUCUGGCUCGCGCUGGCCGGCUUCACGUGCACAGGUGGUUCGGAGCACGAUGCCACCGCCGCGCUGCCUGCUGCGUUCUCCGACUUGUUACCUCACUUCCUUGUCGAGCCUGAGGACGAGUACAUUGUGAAGAACAAGCCCGUGACUCUGACCUGCCGCUCCACCCCGGCCACACAGAUCUACUUCAAGUGCAUCGGCGAGUGGGUACACCAAGAUGACCAUUUGAUUGAGCGGACAGUUGAUCCGGCCACAGCGCUGCCAAUUAUGCAGGUGACAAUUGAAAUUACCAGACAGCAGGUGGAGAAGAUCUUCGGCCUCGAUGAGUACUGGUGUCAGUGUGUUGCCUGGAGCACUACCGGGACCCAGAAGAGCCAGAAAGCCUACAUCAGAAUUGCUUACCUGCGAAAGAACUUUGAGGAGGAGCCGCAGGGUAAAGAGGUGGCAUUGGACCAGGAGGUGUUACUGCGCUGCCAUCCCCCCGAGGGUGUGCCACAAGCCGAGGUGGAGUGGCAGAGAAACGAGGAUGUGAUCGACCCGGCGAGUGACCCCAAUUUUUUCAUCACAGCUGACCAUAAUCUUGUCAUCCAAAAAGCCCGCCUUGCCGACACAGGGAACUACACGUGCGUGGCCAAAAACAUUGUCGCCCGCCGCAAAAGCACCUCUGCCACAGUCCUGGUCUAUGUCAAUGGUGGCUGGUCCACGUGGACCACUUGGUCGUCCUGCAGUGCUGUGUGUGGGCGUGGCUGGCAGAAGAGGAGCCGGAGCUGCACCAAUCCCACCCCACUGAAUGGAGGCACAUCCUGUGAAGGGCAGAACGUCCAGAAAAGUGCCUGUGUGGCCACCUGUCCAGUGGACGGCGGUUGGAGUGAGUGGAGCAAGUGGUCGGCGUGCGGCGCAGAUUGUUCGAUGUGGAGAAGCAGGGAGUGCACCCAGCCCUCACCCGGCACUGGGGGCAAGGACUGCCAGGGGCUUGAUCUCCAGUCUCAGAACUGUACCAGUGAGCAGUGCCCACAGACUGUGAGUGGGGCCGAGGACGUGGCGCUCUACGUGGGAAUGGUGGCCGUGGCCUUGUGUCUGACUCUGCUGCUCAUCGUGAUUGUCCUGGUGUACCGGCGCAAAAAGGAGGGCCUGGAUGCCGACGUGGCCGACUCUUCCAUCCUCACCACUGGCUUCCAGCCCAUGGGCAUCAAGCCCAGUAAGCCAGGUGUGUGGGCACCGCGGCCACGCAGGCCUCCCCACAGCAAGAACUCCCAUUUGCUCACCAUCCAGCCCGAUCUGACAACUACCACCACCAGUUACCAAGGCACCCUGCGCUCUCGUCACGAUGCCACCGGGAAGUUUUCGAUGUCUAACGGGCCUCUGUUGGACCCGCUCCCAAACGGCUCCCACAGCCUGCACAACGGCAAACUUAACUCGGACCCUGCUGAUUUUGUGAGCAGGCUAUCCACUCAGACCUACUUUAAAACACUCCCACGCGAUGUAGCCAACACCUCUUAUGGGACUUUCAAUUUCCUGGGAGGGAGACUGACAAUUCCCAACACAGGAAUCAGUCUGCUCAUUCCUCCCGAGGCCAUCCCCAGAGGAAAGAUCUAUGAGAUUUAUCUCACUGUUCAGAGGAAGGAAGAUUUAAGGUUACCCCUGGCAGGCUGCCAGACCCUGCUGAGCCCUGUCGUGAGUUGUGGCCCUCCUGGGGUGGUCCUGAGCCGGCCAGUUAUCCUCAGCAUGGACCACUGCUUUGACGCAUGCCUCGAUAACUGGGCCGUCCGCCUCAAGAAGCAGAACUAUGAGGGCGCUUGGGAGGACGUCCUGCUGAUGGGUGAGGAGCUGGUGUCGGAGCCUUACUACUGCCAGCUCGAAGGGGAGACGUGCAGGCUGUUCUCAGAGCAGCUGGGAACAUUCGCCCUGGUGGGAGAGUCGCUGCACAUGGGUGCAGCCAAGCGCCUCCGGCUCGUGCUCUUCUCAGACGCGUACUGCUCCACUCUGGAGUACAACAUCAGAGUGUACUGCAUGGACGACACUCAGGACGUCUUUAAGGAGGUGAUGCAGAUGGAGCGCCAGCUCGGGGGCCGGCUGAUUGACGAGCCUCACGUUCUGCUUUUCAAAGACAGCUACCACAAUCUGCGCCUGUCCAUCCAUGACAUGCCCCAGGCGCACUGGAGGAGCAAGCUCCUUGCUGGCUACCAGGAGAUCCCCUUCUACCACAUCUGGAACGGUUCCCAGCGGUACCUGCACUGCACGUUCACUUUGGAGCGGCUCAGCCUCAGCACCUGUGAGCUCACCUGCCAACUGUGUGUGUGGCAGGUGGAGGGGGAGGGGCAGAGCUUUGGCCUCGACUUUAACAUCGCCAAGGACACUCGGGCGCUGGACUCCGAGUUUCUGUUAAUGGACAGUAGCGCCACGGCUCUGGCGGGGCCCAGCGCCUUUCAGAUCCCGUACCUCAUCAGGCAGAAGAUCUGCAGCAGCCUGGACGCCCCGUGUCCCAACGGAGCGGACUGGAGAAUGCUAGCACAAAGACUCAAGCUUGAGAGACACAUGAGUUUCUUUGCAUCCAAAGCCAGCCCAACCUCUGUGAUCCUGGACCUGUGGGAGUCGCAACAUUUCCACACCGGCAACAUCAACCAGCUGGCCACCGUCAUGGCUGACAUUGGCAAACAGGAAGCCAUGAUAUUCCUGGUCUCUGAUGGCGAGUGCUAACCCAGAAAAAGGGGAGAGACUGGUGCAGAGAAGGAGUUCACAACACGAGAAGCAUCUAAACAAUAGCAGCAGUAGAAAUCGACACACAGCUAUCCCAAUGUCCUGCUUCUUCACUUUAAAAGACAGCCACCCGUUUAUGCGUUAUCCCCGUCUGAGGAAUCUUUGACAGACCGAAUUUAAAAGCUUUGGUUGGUGUUUUGGGAGGCGACUCUUUAUUUCCUACCAGAGAUUUAAAGAUGAAUUAGUCCACAACCAUAACAUUAAAGUAACCCUCUGUUGAACGGGCCACUUAUGGCUUAGAAGGGGCAAUGUAUCACUGGAAAACUACAUUUUCAUUUUGCAAAUCAAUCAUAUCAUUUUCUUAAUUGAAUUAAAAAUCCGUUUUACACCUAAGAAGGCGUCAGUCAUAAAAAAAAAGGCGACAUCCCAUAUGCAGCUAGCAGGUUCACUACAGGACAUUAUCAGAGAUACACUGUCGAUAAAGCAGUGACACGUUUGUCAUACGUGUAAAUGAUCUGUUGAACACGCUGAUUGCUUGUAGCACAUCCCGUACCUGGGCAGGAUUGAAACAGAUUGUAUGUGAGACCCCAGAAACCUGUCUUGUCUGGUUAGUGUGUGCGCUUCUUAGUCCAGCCGGCAUCACUACUGUGAAUGUAACAUCUUGACAUCUUGAUUCAGUGAGACACUUCAAAGCUUUUCCUGCUUCUAAAUCAAUAUAUGUGAGGUUUGGGCUCUCUGAUCCAUUCUUCUUCUUUUUUUCUUUUUUCUUUUUUUUUGCGUUUCCAAGAAAAAGUGGGUCUAGCACUGUUCUUUCACUAAAAUCAUUUCUAUUUAAAGAGCAUGAUUUUGAUCCAUCAGCUUUAUUACAUGUGUUACAGUAUAUUACCCCACUCUCUCAUAGUGGUGUUUUUCAGUUUCAGAUUUCACAGCUAAUUAAGGAGCCACAGCCCCGCAAGGCUUUCUACUCACAAAUUUGUGGGCUCUGAAUGUCGUCAAAACUCAUUUCUUAAAUGACAUUUUCUCCUUGAUUAAAUUAAUUCUCCAGUAUAGGAACGUAUGAGUAUAUGAAUAAUGUAAAGUACUUUGCCACAGAAAAUGUGACAACAAAUUCUUCAAAAUCUUCACUAGAUUAGUCAUGUUGAAACAGUAAUUGUGCAGCUUUGUUUAUAUUAUUCAUACAGCAGCGUUGGUGGGAAUUCAAUAUUUGCUGUGUGGCAAACAGUAUUUCCACAUCACAGAGAGGCUCGGAUCUCAAAUUAAAGCUGAAAGUGGCUUAUUGAUAUUGUCGCUCCUCUGCAACUGAAAAGGUUUUUUGUUCAUUUUUCUUACCAAGAUGACAAAUGUUUCCCAGCUAAUUCAAGUAACAAUCCAUAACCUCCCAGCACACACUUGCAUUAUGCUCCACAGUAAGUUCUUAGUAAUGGAUCUGUCCUAUCAGGCAAACAUGAAUCCAGUUCAAGACCAGAGUUCCGGCUGUGUCCUUCGGAGAGGUGUGAGCGAUCCUAACCUAGCCAUAGUUCUGUCUGCCUCAGGGUUGCAUGUGAAGUAGUCUGUUUAAAGCUGUAAAGAAAGCCCCGCACACUGAAUGAGCUCCUGUUUCAACACCCGGGAAAGUUCCCUCUAGCAUCUGUUGUGAUUCCAUGCGUUAACAUUAAGUAGAGCCUCGGUUAUGAUUGUCAGAUAUUCGGAAUGUACUUUUGAUUUUUCUUUUUGGAAGGGAAAUGUUCCUCUGUUGUUUUAGUUUGAGGUGAUUCUUUGUUGUUGUUUUUCUACAUGGCAUCUCAGAACUGGCUAUUUUCUCCCCCCGUAAUAAAUAUGCCUCCCCUUUUUGAACACUUACACCACUGUUUCUAUUUUAUAUAGAGAUGCCAUGAGAUGAAUUGAUACCUUUUUAGAGACGGAAUCGCUAAGAUUAUUCCCUUAUGAAAUGAAGUUAUGAUUGCCCUAAAUCAUUGUCCCAUGUAAUAUGUAAAUACUUUUUCUAUACCAGCCAUGUGCUGUCACUUUGCAUAUUGUAUAUCAGCAGAAUUGGUAACCAAAGUUUUCUGAAUAUUGUUUGAGUCCACGGCAUACUCAUGUUGUAUCCAUUAAUACAUAGUUUCUGCACUGUUUUUACUUGCCGCUAGCGUAGAAUGACUGAGUUAAUGUUUCGUCUGAACAGCGGACAUAAAGUUCAUAUCAUUCAUUUUUCUCCUUUUCUUUGCUCCUUGUCUUAUUGCGAGUUUAUGCCAUUUGUUUGAGCAGUAAUAUGUGUCAGUUCAUUUUAUCCCUUUGUAAACAAAUGUAAAUUAUAUUUUGAUAUGAAGCCAAAAAAAAAAAAAAGACACUUAACUGGCGCAGCAUUUGUCAAGUCCAAACCGUGAUGUGUUUGCCUAUAUACUGUUCUUUGGCGAUCUAGCAGUGAUUUGCAGUGUUAAGGGUUUAGAGGCUGUUUCACUGGACGUUUUGUCUACAUAUUUCGUUGGUCCUAAUUUCUAGAACUUUAAGCAUUUAAAUACAAGGAAGACGCAGUCACUGAUGCGUACUGAAUCACUUCUCUGGGACUGUGUGAAGGCUAAUCAGAGGAGGAGGACAUAAGUUCUUGGACACUGACAGGCCAGUGUUGACACAGCAUGUUUAGAUGAGCCAUGGCAGUUGUACAGUCAGACUGUGUGUGAAAUUUUAUCACCCUUGUCAUUGUCUUGGAUGUGUUGCCUAAGCACAUUUCAGUAAUGUAAUUCACCAGCCGCCAAGAUGUUCAGCAUCUAUCUUUACAUCCAACUCAUCCAACAGGUUUGCAAUUACUGUGUGUUUUGGAUACAGUUUCUGUCAUGAUAAAAACCCGGGCCUGUUGGUUCUGUGUAGAUUUGUGUCAGUAACACACAUGCUUUGUUCAAAGUUUCUACUGUAGGAUCACCCCCUUGUGUUUCGGGGAAAAGAUGUUGCAUCUCAGCACUGUAAUAUUUGUCACUCAUUAAUAUUCAGUGUCGAGGACGUGUGUGUUUUGUGCGAAUGUGUGUGAGUAAAGCUGGGUGUGAGCGCACCUCCUUGUCACUAACAGAACUGUUUUCUUUUUUAACUAAGAACAAUAGACUUCUGUACUUGUGGAUGGUUUUCUAUUUAGUUCCUUGGUUCAAUGUUCCUUGCCUUUCUGCAAGUCAAAAUGCUGUAUUUAUUACAUGCCACAGCGCUUAUGCAAUUGUAUAAUCCUUCUAUUGUUUUUUUUUCCAACCUUUUGUGUUCCUUAUUGUCGAUGUAAAUUGUUGUCAAAACUUUUGUGGCAAAGGAAAAACUUCUGCUAAAGGAGAUUUUCUGUACUUUUUGGACAAUGAUAUGGAUUUGUGGGUAGAAUUUUGGAAAUUCGUUUCUAAGUGCUUUCAAGUAUUUACUUGGCCUUAUGUAUAUAUAUCUAUCUAUGACAUUUCAGAAAGGUAUGUAUAGUAAUUAAAUCCG